GCUACCAACGAAUGGGCUUAUAAUAUUGACAGUGGUAAUGAAAAUGCUGUAAUGUUUCUUGAUCUUAAAAAAGCGUUCGACACUGUAGAUCAUGAAAUAUUGCUGAACAAACUUAAUGCAUAUGGAAUCAAGGGAACUGCGGGUAACUGGUUAAGAUCGUAUCUAAAUGAACGUAAUCAAAAGUGUUUUGUUAACGGUCAUUUCUCCUCGAAUCGAUUACUACAAUGUGGGGUUCCUCAGGGAACUAUAUUAGGCCCGCUUUUAUUUUUAAUCUAUAUUAAUGAUCUUCCUAAUUGUCUAAUACACUCUCGGGCACGAAUGUUUGCUGAUGACACUAAUUUGACAUAUGCAAGUAAUAACAUACAUGAAAUUAAUCAUAAUCUUAACGAGGAUCUUGCUAGUGUCAGUGAAUGGUUAUCAGCAAACAAACUUACUUUAAACCAGACUAAAACUGAAUUUAUGCUAAUUGGCUCUCGCCAAAGAAUAAACACUUUUCAAUCUACUCCUUUAUUAGUAAUAAAUAACGUUCCAGUUAAACAAGUCUCUCAUACAAAAUCACUCGGCGUACACAUUGAUGAGAACUUAUCCUGGAAUGUUCAUAUUGAGAAACUGAGUAAAAAAGUUGCUUCCGGUAUUGGUGCACUAAAACGCAUUAGACCUUAUGUUCCUUUUACCACAAUGCAACUUAUUUACAAGUGCUUAGUUCAACCAUAUUUCGACUACUGCUCUGCUGUCUGGGAUAGUUGCAGUAGUUAUCUAGUUAACAAAUUGCAAAAAUUACAAAAUCGUGCUGCCAGGGUAUUGACAUCUUCUAGUUAUGAUACAAAUGCCGAUUAUCUUUUCGAAAGUCUUGGAUGGAAAAAUCUUGUAUCUCAGCGUAGGCUUACCAAGGCUAUCAUGGUGUAUAAAUCCUUGAAUGGUCUUGCUCCAGAUUAUCUUUCUAAUAUGUUUGUUGAUCGCAAUAGUAUCACAAAUUAUGCAUUGAGAGACACCAGUAACAAACUAGCUUUGUCACUACCGCGUACUAUUACUUGAAAAAUAGCUUUAGUUAUAGCGGUGCAGUACUGUGGAAUUCUCUUCCUACUGAGUUAAGACAGGCUAGUACUUUACAUAAAUUUAAGUCUGACUGUAGCAACUUUAUUCAAUAAUUUUUAAAUAUUUUAUCUAAUUUUAUCAAUUUAAUGCACGGCACUCAUGAAAAACAGGCAGUUUUGUAAAUAUGUAUAGUAUAAUUUAUCAUAUAUCUAAUUUCCUUUGUUACUUUAUCAUAAGUGUGUAAAAUCCUGAUGAGUCCACCGUGACUAAAUAAAGUUCACAACAACAACAUCUUUCUGCUUGCGCUGGGUAUGGAAAUUAUAUAAUACACACUCUAGCUAGAACAUUUUCAUCUUAACAUAUUACAGAACUAGUAUUGUUCGAUGCUGAAUUAAUAUAAACGAGUAUGUUUAUGACAUUCAGUAUAUAUUUCAUAAUUUCCAGUUUUAAAUCCGUCUGACCGUGUAGCUCAGUUGGUAGAGCGUCGAUCUAGUAAUUCGAAGGUCGCGGGUUCAAGACCCAGCCGCGGCAGACAACAUAUUUCUGCUUGCGAACAUUUUCAUCUUAAUAUAUAUAUAUAUAUAUAUGUGAAAAAUGAUAUGCCAAUGUUUUCCCACGUGCAAUGUUUUCCCACGUGUUUUGCCAAUGUUGCCAAUGUUUUCCCACGUGCAGCACGUUUAAGAAGACGUGAUGCACGUUUAGAAACGCAGCGCACACACGUGUUUGCCUUCUUCCAGCUGUUCCUUCGUGAAUUCGCGAGGAUUGUAUUUUGCUUGUCGUGGUCCAAGUUUCGGGAAUGAUUCGUCUGUGAUUUUGUCCUGUGCCUGUCUUCCUACUGCGUAUAUACCAUUCAAAACCUGGCCCAUGUCUCUGCCUUCAUGCAAUUCAACAGUCUGGAACAUGUCAGUCUUUUCACAUCCAUAAUCUGCAGCUGCCUUGAGGAAAUUGGAGAUGUUCUCCAUCUGCUUGUAGGGGUUGGUAGCUCCUUCAUUAAUCUUUGCAAUACUACCCUCUUUAACAGAAUUCAUUAGUUUGCAAAUGAGUACACCAUCCUUCAGUGCCUUGUGGAAUUCUUUUUGUCCAAGUGGCUUCAUUCUCCAUUCAUUAAGCUGCUCGAUUGUCUGCACGUCAUCGCCUGGGUGCGCUAGGAGGAUCCCGGUCACAUCCUCAAUCCAGAGUCUAGCGUUUUGUUCCGCAUUUGGAUCGUAUUUAGCAUCGAGCUUUCGCCUAGCUUCGGCAGCAAUACCAGAUGGUUGCGCUCGGUGGGACAUGUUUCACUCGAGUUGAAGUAUACAGCAAGGCAGUGCGACACUUCUGAUGCGCUGGCUGGCAGAAAAUGAAAGAUGUGAAAGA